GAAUCAAAAAUAUAUACUUUUUAUAAUAAAAUAAUACCAUGUUUAUGGUUAUCUGAAGAGUAUAUUGAAAGUUACUGAGACGUUGAAAUGUAUUAAAAUUAGAUCAUUGGACAGUUUUAAUAGUUAAGUGUUCGCCAUCUAGCGGUGACGCAGCGUACGAGGCGACGUGAAGGAAUUUCCGCCUACGUCACUGCGUUUGUCUUGUCCAUAACAAGGCUGCGCUGCAGCUGUCUGCGAGCAACAAUAACAAGCUGUACUCGACAACUUCACCGCGGCAACAUAACGACCUGACAGUGCCGUAUUAACAUGACUGUCACCAGAAUGACGACGUCCAUGUAAAUCUGGCCACCGUCCCUUCGAUCUCUAAGCCCCCAAACCGGGUUUUCGUCGCCGCGACACAAAACUCGGAGACUCGGCCCCAGGGGCUACAGGGCAGUUCGGCGCUGCAUCUGGGUCAGUGGGCCUAUCCGCGGCCGAACGGCUGGUUUUGUUUUCCCUUCUUUUGUAGUGUCACGCUGUCCUUGUCCUCCCGUAGCCCCGCCGCGUUAACCCCACAUUCACCGCGUCAACAUGCAGGCUAACGGAGACUCGGAAGUGUCCUGCCGAAACGGAGCCCAGAAUGGCGAGUCGUCUUCGGCCGGCGAAGCUCACUCGAACGGAUUGGUGUCAGUGGGCGACAAUGGUAACAGUGUCAACAAUAACAGCAACGGUGUGUCAGAGCAGCCUGCGGUCAACAACAGCAACGGCGACAACAGCAACGACAACAACAGCCCGACGGACGUGAAUAAAAAGAAAAAGCGUCUGUCUCAGUGCGAAGAAGACGUGAUCAGGCUGAUAGGACAACAUCUACACGACCUGGGUCUCAAUCAGACGGUGGACCUCCUGAUGCAGGAGUCUGGCUGCAGGCUGGAUCAUCCCUCCGCCACCAAGUUUCGCAAGCAUGUCAUGGAAGGGGAGUGGGAUAAGGCUGAGAGUAAUCUGAAUGAGUUGAAGGCAGUGAUGCUUUCUCCAAAUGUCAUAGUGCGGAUGAAGUUUUUGUUGCUGCAGCAGAAGUAUCUGGAGUAUCUUGAAGAUGGAAAAGUCCUUGAGGCUUUGCAAGUGCUGAGAGCUGAGCUCACACCUCUCAAGUACAACACAGAACGCAUCCACGUCCUGAGCGGGUACUUGAUGUGCAGUCACGCAGAAGACCUACGAGCAAAAGCCGAGUGGGAAGGGAAAGGCACGUCAUCCCGCACAAAGCUGCUGGACAAGCUCCAAACCUACCUGCCCCCCUCAGUGAUGCUGCCCCCACGCCGCCUGCAGACUCUGCUGAAGCAAGCGGUGGAGCUGCAGCGAGAGCGCUGCCUCUAUCACAACACUAAGCUGGACAUCGGGUUAGACUCUGUGUCCCUGCUCUUGGACCACAGCUGCAGCAGGAAACAGUUCCCCUGCUACACAAAGCAGAUUCUCACUGAACACUGCAAUGAAGUAUGGUUCUGCAAAUUCUCCCAUGAUGGCACAAAACUGGCAACUGGGUCCAAAGAUACCACCGUCAUUGUGUGGCACGUUGAUAUGGAGACCCAACAGCUGAAGCUGCUGAAAACUCUGGAGGGUCACGCUUAUGGUGUUUCAUACUUGGCAUGGAGUCCAGAUGAUACUUACCUAAUAGCAUGUGGCCCUGAUGAUUGCUCUGAGCUGUGGCUGUGGAAUGUACAGACGUGGGAGUUACGGACAAAGAUGAGUCAGUCUCAUGAAGACAGCCUGACCAGCGUGGCUUGGAAUCCAGAUGGUAAACGCUUUGUCACAGGAGGUCAGAGAGGCCAGUUUUACCAGUGUGACUUGGAUGGAAAUCUGCUGGACUCGUGGGAAGGAGUCCGGGUGCAGUGCCUGUGGUGUUUGAGUGACGGCAGGACCGUGCUCGCAUCUGACACCCACCAACGUAUCCGUGGAUACAACUUUGAGGACCUGACGGACAGAAACAUUGUGCAGGAGGACCAUCCCAUCAUGUCUUUUACCGUUUCCAAAAAUGGAAGGUCAGCCCUCCUCAAUGUGGCUACACAGGGUGUACACCUAUGGGACCUGCAGGACCGGGUGCUGGUGAGGAAGUACCAAGGAGUCACCCAGGGCUUCUACACCAUCCACUCCUGCCUUGGAGGGCACAAUGAAGACUUUAUUGCCAGUGGAAGUGAAGAUCACAAAGUUUACAUCUGGCACAGACGCAGUGAGCUACCCAUCGCAGAGCUCACAGGUCACACACGCACAGUGAAUUGUGUGAGUUGGAACCCCGUCUUGCCCGGGCUUCUGGCCAGCGCAUCAGACGACGGAACCAUCCGGAUCUGGGGUCCGGCCCCCUUCCUUGAUGUCCAGGAUUCCGAGGGGCUCAGUGAAUGUUGCAGCAUGGACAGCUGAUAAUCUGCCGCUGCCGCCGCCACUGCUGCUGCUGCUGCUGUUGUUGCUGCUGCUGCACUGAACCUGAUGAACACUAAGACUCUGUAGACACUUGAAUGGAUGAAGCAGUCAGGGAGGAUAAGGUGAGAUGAAAACUUUAGGGUUUGGACAUUUCCCUCCUGGAGAAGGUUGGUCUGCCAGUGUUCUGUCAGGAUGUCAAAUCACAGAGAUGUCAGACUCUAGCACAUUCCUGAGAGCUGUACUGGCCUCAUGAAGCCAGACGGCAGCAUCCUCAGAGUCUGGACCCAAGUCCUCUGCUUCAUCUUUUUUGGACCCAUUUUGCUCCUGCACAUCGAGGACCAGCCACCUCCUCUUAUUUAUUAUCAGAUGAUCAUAUUAUUUAUUCAUAGUUAGUAGUUCACUGACCAGUGCUGAGCUGUGACGUAGCAGCAGCACCUGGUGGAGGCUUUGUGUGUCUGUUUGUGGGUGUGUAAGUGCGACAGGAUGCGCUUUUCUAAGUCUUUGUUGAAGUUUCACCUCCAAUAACUUUGUUGAGAUUUUACACCAAGGCAGUGUUGUAGUCCAGUCCUUCUACUUCAUGUCACUUGAUUGAACCCUGAGUGAUGGGGUCCAAAUCCUUCUCAGUCACCUGGGCUGAAGUUCUACGUCCACAACUGAGUCAUCAUGGAAAAGGUUCUUAAGUCCAAGUGACAGAAAAACUGUUUAGGUUCAGGUCUGCUACAGUAUCAAGGAUAGGGAUUCACAUGGGGUACUGACCCUAAAUCAACGAAGAAAAGGUUUAGGUUGUUUCCAAGUCUGGUGAGUCAACGUGAUGGAAAACAGCUGCAGUUGAAUUGACAUUUGAGUCAAAUCUUGAAAAAAAAAAUCAGUUAAUGUUUUCAGGAUUUUGAGUCCAAGUAACUGAUGAAAAGAACAAGUUAGGUGUGAGUGACGUCCCCAGGGUUCCUCGAAUCCGAGUCACAAUAUAAAUGUUUUUAAGCUGAGUCAGCGGCGACUCCAUAGUGUUUGAGAGAGAAGUUUUUGAAAUUCACUUGAAUCUCAGGCCUGGGCUGCAGCACUGCCCACGUUCAUUCAGCAUUCACCCGCUGCAUCAACCACUUGAAGAGGAGGAUUUUUAAAAAGCUUUGUGUUUUGUUUUUUUGUUGUUGAAGAAAAACUUGCAAAAGGUAUUUUUUAUUCCCUAACUUUGGCUUUUCUGCUUUUAGCCAGUCAGACAGAAAUCUGUAUAUGAGCGUGUGAUGAGGAACAUGCUGUUUUCACUUGCAGUACAUUCUGCUCUGUCACAGAUCAUGGAGAGGGUUCUGCCUCCUGAGAUUACGCAGCAGCUGGUGUGUUGAAACCAUGACACAUCAACCCUUUACCUCUGAUAUAUAUUACUUUAUAUGAGUCUGGUCUCUUUCAUGCUGUCACGUCUGGACUUUCUCUGUAGAAACUUUUGGAAUUUUCUUGAUAUAUUUGAGUUUCCACCUUACCUUCCUGACAAACAGUAGUUCUUUACACCUGCUUAACUUACAACAAUGGUUUGAUAGUUAUGUUUCCAUUAGGAUUCCAUUAUGUAUCUGUGUUUAAUUUUUUAUUUACUCAUUUAAAUAGACACCCACUGAUAUUCUUUAUUUUAUUACUUCCAGUCGAACUUUGAUCCUCUUUCCACAGUUUUAAGAGAUAAGGCCGGUGUUUUUCUCUGUCUUAUGUUGUUGAAGUCAAAACUCUAGGAUUCCAGUUCAAGUCCCAGUCAGCGGAGAGAAGUUUAGGUUGAGUCGAGACCCUUGUGUUUCAUGUUCAAGUCUGCAUCGUAAUUGGUGCUCAACCCAGGUCAUCUGUGUAAACCAAAAAUACUGGUGGUGUCUGAGCCGAUGGUAGAACUGUCCAAAAACAUGCACAGUUAUCUUAAUAAGACCCAAUACUGAGCAUAGGUAUAAGUGUGAAUGUACUUGGUUGUUUGUCUCAAUGUGUGGCCCUACUAUAGACUAACCAACUGCCCGGAGUGUACGUCACCUGGCACAUAACUGCUGAGAUUGGACGGGUGAAUGAAAGGAUCUGAGCCAAAACAUUAGUUUCUAAACUGGUGCUUACUUAAACAUAAAUCAAACAUUAGGA